GCCCCCGGGCGAGUGUGACGUGGCUGUCCGCGGUGCUCCGCUCCCGCGCUUCCCCGCGUUCACGUGCGGCGCGGCGAGAGGGCGGAAGACACUGCGCCCCGCGGGAGCCCCAUAACAGCUGGCGGGAGGAGCUCUCCCGCACGAAGCGACCUCCCCCGGCCGCCCCUACGCCCUGGCGGCGGAAGACUCGGGCCGCCGCCUCCGCGUCCUCCUCGGCGUCUGCCUCUGCAUCGUCCUCCCCGCCAUGCAGCGGUCUCGCUGGUGCGCGCUCCGCCUUGCCAGCUUCAGCCACCGGAUCCGCGCGACCCGGGGGCGACCCGGGCGGCGGCCAAGCUCCCUGGCCUGGAGCCUGCGCCCCCUCCCACGGCUCCCUUCCAAGCUGGCGGACAGCCACGACUUGAGCCCGCCGGGCGGAUUCCUGCGGCCGGGAUUGGACCCCGUGUCCGUCCCGCUGCAGAGACCGCUACCGCCAGGUGUAAGGCUGAAGGCAGUGAGCGCCCCCGGCCGCGAGUACGGCAACCCCGCGUGUUCGUCCGUGUUAGCAGGGGCGGCUCUGGGGGCAACCGCCGGGCGUUGGCGGCGCCCCACAGCUCCCUAAAGCUAGCCGGAGGCCGUCAGUCGGCCCCUAGAGGCCCACUUGCGCAGUGGGCCCCUGGAUCUCAGCCACGGCCAGCGGCCGACUGCACACGACUUCCCCCUGGGGCGACAGCUCUCCAGGAGGACUACCCCGGGCCCCCGGUCCCCGAGGAACUGCGGAGCAGCGGGCACUGUCACCCCGCCCUGUCGCUUCCUCCGGGCUUCCAGCCCCACCUCGGGCUCAACCAUUCGCCCUUCCUGCCCGACCAGAUGCAGCCGCAGGGACAGCCGCUCCGUCACCAAGAGCUCGUGGCAUCCGGUUCCUGCCUGGCGGAGGAGUCCAAGCCAAAGAGGUGAAGGAGGUGGUGGCCGCGAAAAGGGAUGGCCACCCACACUUCCGAUUGCGCGGGCCAAAGUCCACGCAAAAACGUUCUCGUCUUCAGGCACACCUGCGAACCCACACAGGUGGGGGACAGUGCCGCUGUCACCGGCAUGGCUUGUAGGUGGAAGUUGCUCCGAUGACCCCACCGGGCAUCGGCCGUUCCAGUGCCAGAGGUGCGCUCCGGCGUUUUUCGGGUCGGAGUGCUUCGCCUUACUCAAGAAGAGGCACUUUGAAAUCCCAGCCAGUGGCCAGGACCCACGCUGCUGGAAGAGAAUUCAGUAUUUUUAGCCUUUGACACUGUUUUCCUGACGCGAGGGAAGCGCAGCCAGAAAGCACUACACUUUCAAGUUCCCAAGGAGUCAACUCCUGAAUGGAUAAUCAGGAGAAAGGAGGAAUCCAGAAGACAAAAAUCUAAGGGCACGUGGGGUCUGCGGCCGGAUCUUCUAUCAUUCCAAUUCUAAUUCAACUUGAGUAUUUCUGGACUUAGACGGACUGCCUAGGGACUGACUGGAAGUUGUGGAUAUUAGGGUAUCAAGAAGAGCCAAGCCUUGGGGCGAGGGAAGACCAGAAUUGUCAUGAAUUGAGCUUUGGUGCAAUGAGAUGUUCCACUGAAGAGGAAAAUAAGAAAGUUCAGAGUUCACUCAAAGAGGAGGUCAGGGUGGAAAGUGUUUAGAAGUGGAAAUCCCCCACUUACUCAUGCUCACUUUAUUGACGCUUUACGGUAACCAAUCUGAAACACGCACACACCUGUGAUUUAAAAAUAAAUCUCACUUAUUUGCAUAAUUGUUGUGAAUUUAACAGAGGGUGAUGGCUUAUUUUUUUAAGCUUUGAUUGACAAGAAGAUUAAGAGCCAUUCAGAAACCUGAAUCACCCAUUGAAAGGAAAAAAAAAAGAGGUGAUUUAAAGAAGUGACGAGCAGUUUGUCUCUCCGGAAAUUGUCUCGGGUCGGAAGUUUGUGGUUGCUGCGCACAUGCAAGGCUACAGCAUCCUGCUGCCGCUGCUGUCUGAUGUCCUGCCCUUCCUGCCUGCCCUGCUCUGCUCGCAUCUCACUCGCAUGACUUCAUUUCCUUGCUGACACCUUCCCCCGGAUUCUUCAUAUAAGGUCACACAUGAAGGACAGAUGCAUCGCGUUUUGGUGCCUGAGUUGCUUCUUACAAAUUUGUCCAGCUGCUGAUUUCUUUAAGUCUCAACGUUCUCAACUGAACUAUGGAAUGUUGAUAAACUCUGCCCCACGGAUACCAAUCCUGGGGUGAUGGAAAAGGAAGAGCAGGCUGCCGCUGACAAAGCCGUGACUGAGGAGGGAUUUUGGGGUGAGUGGACGGCAGCCCAGCUCCUGAGUUUACUGCUAUCAGCAUGAGACUGCAUACUGGUCUGCGGCCGGCAGGUGCCCUUUGUGCUUCUUCAGCGAUUCUCUCUGAAGACCGGAGCUCCGAGCCACCGCUGAAGACUGGUGUGCAGCUCCCACGGCUCAGGUCUCUGAACAGGGAGGAGCAACCACCGAGUGAUCUUAAGCAAAAUGAGGCAGACAGAAAGCAAACACCAGUUUCUAAAAGAAACAAAGCAGUGCUGAAAAGUCCUUUGCUUGUGGAAAGACGCAUGGCAAAAGCCACCAGUGUGUGUGUGAGAUUUUCUUUGUCUUUCUGCUCACUCCACAGGCUUGGAGAAACUCAAGUGAGGUUGCAGAUCGAGAACGGUGGUAUUAUCUCACAGGUUCAUUGCAACAGGUGUGUGUAAAUCAGUGGCGGGGAGUGGGUGUUAGCUUGGGUCUCCCAAUUCCAGGAAGAGAAAUAAGCAUCUAAAAGAUAUAAACCGCUUUCACUCAGAUCUGCAAAAGUGUUAGCAAUAAGUUCUUACUCUUGAAGCAUCAAACUUAACUCUUCUUUGGUUGCUCACCAGCACCAUCCAAGGAGCCUGACUGUCUGCCAACAGCCUCAAGUCAUGUAUGUCUCAAACGCUCUCCCUGAGUAGCACCCUGCUUUAGAAGUUUCAGAGGGGGCCGGUGCUGUGGUGUAGCAGGUGGAGCCACUGCCUGCAGUGCCGGCAUCCUAUGUGGGCACAGGUUCAAGUCCCAGCUGCUCCACUUCUGAUCCAGCUCUUUGCUAUGGCCUGGGGAAGCAGUAGAAGAUGGCCCAAGUCCUUGGGCCGCUGCACCCGAAUGGGAGACCCAGAAGAAGCUCCUGGCUCCUGCCGUAGGAUCGGUGUAGCUCUGGCCUUUGCAGCCAAUUGGGGAGUGAACCAGCAAGUGGAAGACCUCUCUCUCUCUCUGCCUCUGCCUCUCUGUAACUCUGACUUUCAAAUAAGAUAAAUAAAUCUUUAAAGAAAAGUUUCAGAAUUCUAUACUAUUUAUUUUUUUAUUUUUUGACAGGCAGAGUGGACAGUGAGAGAGAGAGACAGAGAGAGAAAGGUCUUCCUUUGCCGUUGGUUCACCCUCCAAUGGCCGCCGCGGCCGGCGCGCUGCGGCCGGCGCACUGUGCUGAUCCGAUGGCAGGAGCCAGGAGCCAGGUGCUUCUCCUGGUCUCCCAUGGGGUGCAGGGCCCAAGCACUUGGGCCAUCCUCCACUGCACUCCCUGGCCACAGCAGAGAGCUGGCCUGGAAGAGGGGCAACCGGGACAGAAUCCGGCGCCCCAACCGGGACUAGAACCCGGUGUGCCGGCGCCGCAAGGCGGAGGAUUAGCCUAGUGAGCCGCGGCGCUGGCCGAAAAGUCCUUCUUUGCUUGUGGAAAGACGCAUGGCAAAAGCCACCAGUGUGUGUGUGAGAUUUUCUUUGUCUUUCUGCUCACUCCACAGGCUUGGAGAAACUCAAGUGAGGUUGCAGAUCGAGAACGGUGGUAUUAUCUCACAGGUUCAUUGCAACAGGUGUGUGUAAAUCAGUGGCGGGGAGUGGGUGUUAGCUUGGGUCUCCCAAUUCCAGGAAGAGAAAUAAGCAUCUAAAAGAUAUAAACCGCUUUCACUCAGAUCUGCAAAAGUGUUAGCAAUAAGUUCUUACUCUUGAAGCAUCAAACUUAACUCUUCUUUGGUUGCUCACCAGCACCAUCCAAGGAGCCUGACUGUCUGCCAACAGCCUCAAGUCAUGUAUGUCUCAAACGCUCUCCCUGAGUAGCACCCUGCUUUAGAAGUUUCAGAGGGGGCCGGUGCUGUGGUGUAGCAGGUGGAGCCACUGCCUGCAGUGCCGGCAUCCUAUGUGGGCACAGGUUCAAGUCCCAGCUGCUCCACUUCUGAUCCAGCUCUUUGCUAUGGCCUGGGGAAGCAGUAGAAGAUGGCCCAAGUCCUUGGGCCGCUGCACCCGAAUGGGAGACCCAGAAGAAGCUCCUGGCUCCUGCCGUAGGAUCGGUGUAGCUCUGGCCUUUGCAGCCAAUUGGGGAGUGAACCAGCAAGUGGAAGACCUCUCUCUCUCUCUGCCUCUGCCUCUCUGUAACUCUGACUUUCAAAUAAGAUAAAUAAAUCUUUAAAGAAAAGUUUCAGAAUUCUAUACUAUUUAUUUUUUUAUUUUUUGACAGGCAGAGUGGACAGUGAGAGAGAGAGACAGAGAGAGAAAGGUCUUCCUUUGCCGUUGGUUCACCCUCCAAUGGCCGCCGCGGCCGGCGCGCUGCGGCCGGCGCACUGCGCUGAUCUGAUGGCAGGAGCCAGGAGCCAGGUGCUUUUCCUGGUCUCCCAUGAGGUGCAGGGCCCAAGCACCUGGGCCAUCCUCCACUGCACUCCCUGGCCACAGCAGAGAGCUGGCCUGGAAGAGGGGCAACCGGGACAGAAUCUGGCGCCCCAACUCGGACUAGAACCCGGUGUGCCGGUGCCGCAAGGCGGAGGAUUAGCCUAGUGAGCCGCGGCGCCGGCCCCAGAAUUCUAUACUAUUGUUUAUUCAUUCAUUCUUGUAUUUGAUAAGUACACAUUGAAUACAUGCUAGUUUCCAGUUUCUGUGACAGGUGUUAGAGACACGGAGGGCAUUAGUCAGACAAAGUCCUUGCCUCCCAAGAAGGAAAGUAGAUGAGAGACAACCAGAUACUGACAGUGACGUAGAAGUAUGCAGAGGCAUGGAGUGUGGGGUUCUGCCUUACAUACCUUGAUGAAGAUCUCCCUGGGCAAGUCGAACAGUGAGUGAACUGAGUUAAAGGGAGAACAUGAGACUCAGUGAGAUGGGGGAAGAAACUUUGAGAGGAAAUGUAGAGACGCUAUAGUGAUGUUGGGCUUGGCAUUUCUGUGGGACAGUAAGGAGGUUAGUAUCAGAGAGGGUGAUGAUAGGGAAAGUCAUAGCAUGGUGCCAGGUGCCGUGUCACAUGCACACACUUCUGAACUCCGAGAAGAUCUUUGGAUUUUAUGGUACUUCUUGUAGGAAGCCUUCAAGGGUGGAAGGAGGAAUAAUUGAACAUCUCACCAAAAUGAUAUGACUUACGUAUUGAAUACACCCGGUAGCUACUAUGUAGAUGAAGGACAAAGAAAUUGACCUGAAAACAGAAUGGAAGCAAAGAGGACCUUUAGAACCCAUGCUGGCCUCUUUGUGUCUUAGCUGGAGUAGUGUCUUUGAUGAUUCAGUUUACUGCUGUAGAUAAUGUCCAUCCCACCUAGGCAUAUCAUUUUCUGUCUGUCUCUUUCCCCUCCCUCCCACCCUUUCUUCCUUUCUUCUUACCUUCCUCUUUUCCAACUACUCAAUUUGAAUUUUAAAAUAUUUGUUUAUUUUAAUUUUAUUUGAAAGGCAGAAAGACUGACACACACAGAGAGAUCUUCCAUCCAUUAGUUCACUCUUUAAGGGCUCACAACAACCAGGGCUGGGGAGACCAAAGCCAGGAGCCCAGAACUCCAUGUGGGUUUCCUGUGUGAGUGGUAGGGACUCAAGUAUUGGAGCCAUUAUUUUCCGCCUCCCAAGAUGUGCCUUGGCAGGAAAUUAGAUUUGAAGCAGAAGAGCCUGAACUCAAACUAGGCACUGUAAUAUGGGAUGCGGGCAUUCCAAGAAGGGGCUUAAGUUGCUGUGGCAAACGCCUAUGGCCUAGUACAACAUUUUCAUUAAAGCUUUAUUUUGAAAACAGAAUGUCUUUAAAGAAGUGAUGUUGAUGAUAAAAUUUUUGAUACCAAAAUUAUCAUCCAAAGUGGUGUUUCAGUUCUUCUCUUAAAUCACCAUGCAAAGACCUUCUGCAGUCCUGGGUUGACCUAAAUAACUUAUCUGGAUGAAGUUGAUACCACGGCAAUGUCAUUUUAGUAGCAACCAGACUGAAAAUCCCUGAAGCCUCAGAGGUAUAUGAACAGAAUAACCUGGAAGACAGGGAAAAAAUGAAAUAAGAUCUUCCUGAGCUGUGCUAAAGGCAGCCUGAAUGGCAGUAUAAUACAAUGAGAAAAUGAGCAGGAGAUAAAUGAAACAGAUAGUGUAAGAGACACUGUUUUAGAACCUAGCAAGGAAGUUUCAGACCGCAAGAUUUCUGUUUCCUGCAUUACCGCAACAACUUACCAAAUGGCACCUUCAAAGAACGAGUCCUCAGGGAGGAGGAGAUGGAUGCGUUUCUGAAGGCCAGUUCAUGGCAUCCCAGCUAGAACUUGCCCAGACUGUAGAGCUGUGAGGCUAAAGACUUCAGCCUUCUGACUCAGUGAUAAACCUUCAAUGGCAGAAGCAUAGCCGAUGCUCAACAAAUAUUAGCUGUUAAAUAUGUAAAUAAAUGAGUGAAUAGGAUUCCAGGAAGAUACUAAGGCUCUUUCUCCCCAAAUUAUUUCCAUGUAAAACAUAGGACUCUUGUAUCUUUCAAGCCUUUACUGAGAGCAUGCCGUCUCCUAACAUAUUUGUGUUUUCUAAAAGCUUCAGGAGACACGCGUGAGCUUCUGGGAAAAUCCCCCUGUCUCUUUAUGUGACACCUACGGUUGUGAGAAAGCACAUUUCAGACAGCAGGGAAAACCCAGACCUCACCACCACAACACACUGUAAAUUGUCUGGGCCAUUGGAGCAUAAAUUAAAGAGAACUGACACAGUUGAGCACGUUAGGAGGUAAGAGGAAGGGGGUGGAGACACCGUAACGGAAUAUAAACCCGGAGACGCCUCAGAGAGUCGCAGACUGGCCAAGAGCCCAGCCAAGGCUCUCCCUGUGGAUUCACUUGGCCCGCGAUUACCUGGGGAACCUUGAUAAUGAAGAUGGAUUCUGAAGAUUGUUCCAUAACAGAAAACAGCUCUUUGCAUCUGGAGAGUGAUCAAAAAGAUGUUGCCGCCAGCUACCGUUUUGCAGCAAGUCACGAAGGGUCUCUCCAGGUUCCUGUCCCGUGUGCUGUAAUGUACGUGGUCUUUACCACCAUUCUGGUUAUAGCUCUCAUCGCCUUAUCAGUGGGCCGAUACAAUUGUCCGAGCCAGUGUGAGUUCUCAGCACCCGCAGAGAGCCAUGUCUCUUCAUGCUCAGAUGACUGGAUUGGUUACCAGAGGAAAUGCUACUAUAUUUCCACUACAACAUACAACUGGACUCUGGCCCAAAACUUUUGUUCUAAACUUGGUGCUACUCUUGCAGUCAUUGAUCCUGCAAAGGACAUGAGCUUUCUACAGCGAUAUGCAGGUGGAGCUGGACACUGGAUUGGGCUGAGAAACGAGGCUGGCCAGACAUGGAAAUGGUCUAAUGGCAAAGAUCUUAGCAACAGAUUCAACAUUACAGAGUCGGAGAGCUGUGCGUAUCUGAAUAGCACAGGCAUCGGCCGUACAGGAUGUGACAAGAGCUUACACUGGAUCUGUAGCAAACCCUCCAAAUAACAAGGAGAUUUAUUUAACUAUAAACCAUUAUGCCAUGGAAUUAAAGGAAAUGUGUGUGAAGGGAAUGCUACUCUAUGACCAGGAGUUUUCUAGAAAGACUUUGUGAAAAAACUUGGCAGCAUCUUGGAAAUCUUCAUCCAAGCAGGACCGUGGGGAAAAGGACAGACAUUUCGGGAAGGUCUGCAUCGCGCCCCCUUGCUGCCAUGAGAUGCGAACGUCACAGGUUGACUGAUCAUCACGUACAAGAAUGAGAAUGACUGUAUACUUUUCAGAUGCACUUUACGUAUAUUUUAAAUCCAGAGACAAUUAAACAUCUGGGUUCUGAGUUAUUAUUUAUUGCUGAAUGACCACCAGUGCACGUGCACUGGUUGAAGGAGUUAGAGGCUUGUAUUGCAAACUGAAUGUAAACAGAGGGACUUCUGAGUGGUAGGACAGGUGUUCAGUUCCGAUGAAUUUUUUAAACGCAGAGAGUAUCGUAAGUGGACAAAUGCUGAUGGAAUUAGCUUUGUAAUGUUUCUCUCUUUUUAAAGAAACUUGGCAGUUCAUCACCCCCUCGCUCUACCCUCCUCCCCAAGAAAAAGAACAGGGUUGAUUAUGUACAUACAUAUUUUACUUUCUUAAUUGCAGAAUAUUUUUCAAUGGUUUAUAUUUCUCUGCCUUUAAAACCUUCUAUGCAAUAUUUUGCAGAGAAGUGUUAAAAGCAAAGAAUAUGAGGAACAUUUGUGAAACAGAUAAAAGUAGUUGGAGAAUGUGCAAUAUGUGACACGGCAAGUCUCUGUCAGGAAAUACGCCUCGCUGUUCAAGCCUGGAGUAAUUCCAGUCUUAUCAUAAGGAUGUGUCUUUCCUGAUAAAUUUGAUCAUGUGCAAUACUUCAUGUGAAAUAUUUUUUCGUGCAAUAAAGUUUGUCUAUUUGUUUGUUCACAUUUUGAAUUCAGUACCGUUAUAAGCUGCUUUUAUAUUUGUGGAAAUAAAAGUGGAAUCAACCCAAUGGUUUCCAAGAAGCAUUUAUU